GCAGAAGAGAUUACAAAACCCAACUUAAACUGCGACUGCGUAUGAGCAAAAAGAGCAGAAAAAGGUAAGAAACUCUCGGACCCAAAGUCACCUUUUUUUGUUCCCACUUUCCUCUUGUAUCUCCCCAAAUUCAACAAUGGAUUCCGACGAAGAGGAAAACAUUCCACUUAGCCAAAGACCCGAAUGGGCCGACGUAACUCCAGUCCCCCAAGACGACGGGCCCAACCCAGUGGUGCCGAUCGCAUACACAGACGAAUUCAGAGAAACAAUGGACUAUUUUCGAGCUGUUUAUGUCUCCGAAGAGCAUUCUCCUCGUUCUCUUCAACUUACUGCCGAAGCUAUCCGCUUAAACGCCGGCAAUUACACUGUUUGGCAUUUCAGGCGGCUCAUUCUUGAGUCACUUGGUGCUGAUUUGCACGAAGAGCUAAAUUUUGUUGAAGACAUUGCUAAGAAGAAUUCAAAGAAUUACCAGAUAUGGCAUCAUAGGCGAUGGCUUGCUGAGAAACUGGGACCAGAUGCUGCUAUUAAAGAACUCGAGUUCACAAAGAAACUACUUUCUCUUGAUGCUAAAAAUUACCAUGCAUGGUCCCAUAGGCAGUGGGUCCUUCGAACGUUAGGUGGUUGGGAAGAUGAACUUGACUACUGUGAUGAGCUCCUUAAGGAUGAUAUCUUCAACAACUCUGCCUGGAAUCAGAGAUAUUUUGUCGUCACGAGAUCUCCUUUUCUGGGUGGCCUAGAUGCCAUGAGAGACUCUGAAGUGGAUUACAGUAUUGAAGCCAUUACAGCUCGUCCUGAGAACGAAAGCCCAUGGAGGUACCUUCGUGGCGUAUUCAAAAACGAUCCAAAAACAUGGGCGAAUGAUCCCAGAGUCUCUUCUGUAUGUCUGAAGAUCUUGAGCAGCAAAACUAGUUGCAUAUUUGCUUUAAGCACUCUUUUGGAUCUGAUUUGCCAUGGUUUCCGACCAAGCCCUGAGUUCAAAGAGGCAGUCGAUGCUCUGCAGAGUUCCGAUGCAGGACCGAGCAGUUCAGGGUUAGCAGAAACGAUCUGCUCAGUUCUGGAAAGCAUGGAUCCCUUUAGAGUAAAUUAUUGGGUUUGGCGCAAGAGUCAGCUCCCUGCUAUAACACCUUGAUGUUAAAGUUUGAACUUACUCUUUUUUCUUCCUAUAUUUGGUGUGGAUUGAUCCACAUAAUGUACUCAAGGAACUUUAUGUUUAUCAAAGAAAAUAUUCAAAACAUUGUGGAUUGAA